ACCGACUUCAAGACGGCCGAUAUGGACGUGAACGCGGAUCAGGACAUUGAGAAGAACUUGGACAAAAUGAUGUCUGAGAGGGCUUUGCUGAAGGAGCGUUACCAGGAGGUUUUGGACAAACAGAGGCAAGUGGAGAAUCAGCUGCAGGUACAGCUUAAGCAGCUCCAGCAGCGGAGGGAAGAAGAGAUGAAGAACCACCAGGAGAUCCUGAAAGCAAUUCAGGACGUUACGAUCAAGCGAGAAGAGACAAAGAAGAAGAUGGAGAAAGAAAAGAAAGAAUUCUUGCAGAAGGAGCAGGAUCUGAAAGCAGAGAUUGAGAAACUCUGUGAGAAAGGCAGAAGGUUGCUGAAGGAGCAGGAGGAGAAGGAAAACAAGAUCGCUUCUCUGAUUGCAGAGCAGUCUGAUGAAAAGCAGCUCUGGGAGAUGGAGCUAGAUAAGCUGAAGAACCAGCACAAUGAAAUCAACAGGAACAUUCUUGAGGAGACAGAAAGGGCCUGGAAGGCAGAGAUCCUGUCCCUGGAGAGCCGAAAGGAGCUGCUGGUGUUGAAACUAGAAGAAGCAGAGAAAGAAGCAGAGCUACACCUCACCUACCUCAAAUCUGCGCCGCCCACGCUGGAGACGAUGCGGCCGAAGCAGGAGUGGGAGAUGAGGCUGAACAGGAUACGAAUGACCAAGGAAAGCGUCCGAGAUCAGUUCAACGACCACAUUCAGAUGGUAAGAAACGGAACAAAGCUGAGCAGCCUCCCACAGAUCCCGACCCCGACGCUGCCGCCUCCGCCCUCAGAAACAGAUUUCAUGCUGACGGCAUUCCAGCCCAACCCAUCCCUUACUCCCAGGCUCCCGUUUCCCAUCGGACCAGUUCCCGUUCCCAUGGUGAUGCCAAGCGCCGAUCCUCGGGCGCUCUCCUUUCCCCUCCUGAACCCCGCGAUCUCCAGGCCCAACCAGCCUUCCCCGCCGCUGCCUGCUUCCCAGGGAAGGAACAGCCCUGUAGUGGCAUCGCUCAUUGGCACGCAUGGCCCUCACAUGGCUCCCGCUGCCUCCAUCCCUCCUCCGCCAGGCCUGGGGGGAGUUAACGUCGCUCCAGAAUUCCACAGGCUGCAGCCGGCCGAUAAGCUGGAAAAGCUGCUGGAGAAGUUGUUGACUCGGUUUCCACAGUGCAACAAGGCCCAGCUCACCAACAUACUGCAGCAGAUCAAGACAGCUCGGAGGACCAUGGCGGGUCUGACCAUGGAGGAGCUGACCCAGCUGGUAGCGGCCAAGCUGGCAGAGCAGCAGGAGCGGGCGGCGGCCGGAGCUCAG